UCGAGAAAGCAAAACCAAAAGCCGAAUUCAGUUGGCAGUGAGAACUUAUUCUUCGUAGAUUCUUUGUGUGAAUUCGUGGUAUAAUCAGUGAAGUUUUUCUAAAAUAGUGAAAAUGUCAGAAGAUACAAAUCAGAAUGGAACUGAAAAUGGAUCGGUUACAGAAAUAGAACUUAUUAUUAAGGCAUCGACAAUAGAUGGUCGGAGGAAAGGCGCAUGCCUAUUCUGUCAGGAGUACUUCAUGGACCUUUAUCUGCUGGCCGAACUCAAGACAAUCAGUCUGAAAGUCACCACAGUCGACAUGCAGAAGCCACCGCCAGAUUUUAGGACUAACUUUGAAGCAACGCCGCCUCCGAUCCUCAUUGAUAAUGGCCUAGCAGUAUUGGAAAAUGAAAAGAUAGAACGACAUAUAAUGAAGAACGUGCCUGGCGGUCAUAAUCUCUUUGUUCAAGAUAAAGAGGUUGCCACACUAAUUGAGAACUUGUACAGCAAAUUAAAGCUGAUGCUGUUGAAAAAGGAUGAUGUGAGUACAAACAGUUUAAUGUCGCAUCUGAGGAAGAUCGACGAUCACCUAGGAAGGAAGAACACGCGCUUCCUGACCGGAGACACCAUGUGCUGCUUCGACUGCGAACUCAUGCCCCGGCUGCAGCACAUCAGGGUCGCAGGGAAAUACUUUAGGGAUUUUGAAAUACCUAGUGAACUGAAGUACUUAUGGCGAUACAUGCUGCACAUGUAUCAAUUGCAAGCCUUCACACAGAGCUGUCCGGCUGAUCAAGACAUAAUCAAUCACUACAAACUGCAACAGGGUAUGAAAAUGAAAAAGCACGAGGAGCUGGAGACACCAACUUUCACCACGUCCAUUCCGAUAGAGCCGUCCGACCUCGACCUCACCGACGACUAACACAACCUCACCUGUCUGCCGCCCCCGCCUCUGCUUUCCAAAUUCAAACCUUCAUCUUCUCUAUAGAUAUUUUUCUAUAUAGAAUUGACUUUCAUUAUCACAAUUAUUAUUAUUUAUAAAAAUAAUAUUUAUCUAUAAUAUACGUUCUUUGUUACCAUUUGAAGAAAACUUUCGACUGAUUUUAGCGGAAAAUGAUACUUCCAUAUUACUUGAGCAGAAUUCAAUACGUGAUAAGUUCUAGCUAUUUUGAUACGUUGAUUAAUUUGCAAUAGUUAUCAACGAAAUAACUAUACUUCAGCCAUAACUUAUAAUCAUUAUGGGCUGAUAUAUAUUCAUUAUCUAAAAUAACAUAAUAUGUUAUAAUAUUGAUAUAAUCGUAUCUAAAAACUAGAUAUUUUUGCAGCGGAAUAUAUAUUAUAUACUAUAAAUUCGUUACGAUCGCUUCCAAAGUUCGAAAUCGGAAUGAGACUGUAAUAUUCACUCAAGACCUGCUUUUCACAUAAUACUGUAUAAUUUUGUUGGCAAAAGGUUCUUCCUCCAGUAAAAUGGAUUUCUAAUCUUAUUAUUAGAGAUAAAAUCUCAUUACAGAAAUCAUUUGAAUGGAUUAGAAAUGCCAAUAAAACAAUUCUUCAAGGAGAUGCUAAUGUGCAAAUCUCAGUUUUCCAAUAUUAAUCAAACAAGUAGUUUUUCUUGUAAACUAACACUCAUUUAUUUAUUUAUCUUCACUAGUUGUAUUUUUGAAUUGUUAAAUUUGCCAAACAUAGGGACAAAGUAGUUGAUAGCUUAUUAUUACUCCACCUUGUUAAUCAUUCUCGAAUGAUACAACUCAUAAAUUAUGCAGCUGUAUCAUGACUUCAUUUUUUUGAAAAUCGAAUUUCUAAUGCUCAUAAUAUGAGCUUAUGCUAUUUUUUCUGUCUAGUCCGGAAGUUUUAAUUUUUACAUCUUUAUUUUAUUUCAAAUAAUAUUUUGUGACAGCUCCUAGCAAAUUGAUCACACAUUUUAUUGUUGUUUGAAAGCAUUAGUUGCACUUUCCUGCUCACACUGCUGUUCUGUUCAUUAUUAAAUGUCAUAUAUAUAAUUAUCUUGUAGUUUUGAACAAUCCUUAUUUCCCUAUUACUCCUAAAACGAGAAUGUCUACUUUUUCUACUUAUUGCAAACAUUUUCUUAUUUAAAAAAUAUAUUUUUUGCUUGGUUUAUGAAACAAUAAUAAUUUGUGUUCGACACUAAAAACAGUUCUUCUCUUUCAUCCCUUUCUUAUCUCUCAAUGUACAUUUUUAGCAUUCCUAGCCAAUUAAUAUAUUUUGUAUUCAUACCAACGUAUUUUAAUUAAGAGUUUGCUUCUGUAAAAAUAAUUUUUGGUGUCAAUAAAUAUUUCUACUGUACUGUUUUAUAAUUAACUUUAGUUUUUAUUGAACAUGAAUUGUUUACAGUACAAAAUUUUAUAUCGAUUAAAUUACAAUAUAAACUAUCUGCAUUCACUUCACCCAAGGAUAUAUUUUAUUGUUUUUAGAAAAUUUUGUAAAUAUGAGCUUAUUAUUUGUUUAUCAAAAGCAAGUGAUGUUGAUUAAAAAUUAUAUUUUGUGUAAGAAGAUCAAAGAGUAAAAUUUAGAUCACUUUAGUUAUAAAUUAUUUUUCAGGCAUUUUAAGUGUCAUAAAUUGUAAUAAAUGCUGAGAUUGAUGCAAUUAACUAUUUGGCUGGGGAGUGUUGUGAUGGUUAGCAGUGUGUUGGUUUGGAGGUUUGCAACUGGAACUCGGCAAUUUUAAAUCAAAGCAUUGAUUGAAUAGAUUUGUUCUAAGCUAACAAUAUUGUAAUAUGCUAUUGAAAUAUUUAAUUUCUUAUGAUAUUUAUAAAUAUAUUUUCAGAUAGUUGAAUAAAAAAGUGAAUGUUA